UUUGUUCAUUGAAAAAAAAAAACCAAACUUUUUCUCUUCACUCUUUUCUACUAUUUCUCUCUUCAUAGAUCCAAUGGCAACUAUCAAAUCCAUUAAAGCUCGUCAGAUCUUUGACAGCCGUGGUAACCCCACCGUUGAGGUUGAUGUACAUGUCUCAAAUGGUGUAUUUGCUAGAGCUGCUGUUCCAAGUGGUGCAUCCACCGGAAUUUAUGAAGCCCUUGAAUUGAGGGAUGGAGGAUCUGACUACCUCGGAAAGGGUGUUUCAAAGGCUGUUAACAAUGUCAACUCAAUUAUUGGCCCUGCUCUCAUCGGCAAGGACCCAACCGAUCAGACUGGUCUUGAUAACUUCAUGGUUCAUGAGUUAGAUGGAACUCAAAAUGAGUGGGGUUGGUGCAAAGAAAAGCUUGGUGCAAAUGCCAUCCUUGCUGUGUCACUUGCUGUGUGUAAAGCUGGCGCUGCUGUCAGGAAUGUUCCAUUGUACAAGCACAUUGCUGAUUUGGCUGGUAACAAGAAGUUGGUAUUACCAGUUCCUGCCUUCAAUGUGAUUAAUGGUGGAUCUCAUGCUGGAAACAAACUCGCAAUGCAGGAAUUUAUGAUCCUUCCUGUUGGAGCUGCUAAUUUCAAGGAGGCCAUGAAGAUGGGCUGUGAAGUCUAUCACCAUUUGAAGUCUGUGAUUAAGAAGAAAUAUGGCCAGGAUGCCACAAAUGUCGGUGACGAGGGUGGUUUUGCUCCUAAUAUCCAGGAGAACAAGGAAGGUCUUGAAUUGCUCAAGACAGCCAUUGAGAAAGCAGGUUACACCGGAAAGGUGGUCAUUGGAAUGGAUGUUGCAGCAUCUGAAUUUUACGGAAAGGACAAAUCUUAUGACCUGAACUUCAAAGAAGAGAGCAAUGACGGCUCACAAAAGAUAUCAGGUGACCAGCUCAAGGAUUUGUACAAGUCAUUUGUGUCAGAGUACCCCAUUGUUUCAAUUGAAGAUCCAUUUGACCAAGAUGACUGGGAGACCUAUGCUAAGCUCACCACUGAGAUUGGGGAGCAAGUACAGAUUGUCGGAGAUGACCUCCUUGUCACCAACCCUAAGAGGGUCGCCAAGGCAAUUGCAGAGAAAACUUGCAAUGCUCUUCUUCUCAAGGUUAACCAAAUCGGCAGUGUGACCGAGAGUAUUGAAGCUGUGAAGAUGUCUAAGAAGGCAGGUUGGGGUGUAAUGACCAGUCACCGCAGUGGAGAAACAGAAGACACCUUCAUUGCUGAUCUUGCUGUCGGUUUGUCAACGGGACAAAUCAAGACCGGAGCUCCUUGCAGGUCAGAGCGUCUCGCCAAGUACAACCAGCUCUUGAGGAUUGAAGAGGAACUCGGAUCAGAGGCUGUUUAUGCAGGAGCAAGUUUCCGCAAGCCUGUUGAGCCCUACUAAAUUUCAGCAGUUAAAGUGUUGAGAUUGUUGAGUUCUUGUUCUGCCAAAAUAAAUUCCUCUUAGAUUGGUCAUUUUAGGAUAUAGUAUAUGACCUUCGUGAAAUAACAAGCAGACUCGAAACAAUUUUUGUUUUGUGAGGUUUUAUUAGUAUUUUGAAUUCUGAAAAAGAAGAGAGUUCUUUUUUUAGGCUUGGUGACUGUAAAACUUUGAUAUGCAAGUUUGUACUAUGUUCUAAUUAAAUAUUUUGAUGGUUUUGCUUUUUCUC